AAUCAAAGGAUUUGUCUACGUUCAACAAAUUUUACUCAGAAUAUAGUAUUACAAGAGAAUAAAAAAAUGUCUCGUUAUUUUAAAGUAUGUCGUUUUUCGCAACAACGCUUAUCAAAACGUAUUCCAAAUUUUUAUGCACUGUGGAAAUUAGCACCAACAUGGAAAGAACUCGGAAACAAUUUAGAACACCAAAAAACAAUGCGUCUUUCAAAAGGUGAUUACAAAGUACUAAAGCAUAUUUCUAGUUUUUUGGAAUUGAUUGGGUGUUGUCCAACUACAUUAAUAUUUGUUGAAAAUGAGUUAAAUAAUUAUCAAUGUCCACAACCGCAAGGAAAUUUAAGAGAUCAAGUUUUAAAAAUGGUUAGUCAUAGCAGUUGUGGAGAUAAACGAGAUUCAAAACAAUCAACUUCUGGAGAUACGCUAACGAGUUCAAAUUUUGAUAAGGGUAUCGAAAGCAACAUAACAUUUGUAAAAUUUUAUUCACCAACAUGUCCUAAUUGCCAAGUAUUUGCACCUAUGUGGGAUGAACUAGUAUUAACAUUUAAUAAUAAUUCAAAUAUUAAAUUUGCAAAAGUUGAUUGCACACAAGAACAUAAUACAAAAUUGUGUAGUAAACAGGAGGUUCCAAAAAUCUCCAUGUACAAAAAUGGCAAAAAAAUAAUCGAUUACCGAGGCCAAAAAACAUUUGAUCAUUUACAUACAUUUGUUAAACAAUCUUUACAACUUGAUAACAUUCGUGAAGAUACCGCAAAAAGUGAAUCGUCCACAAAUUUUAUAAAGAUAAUUCAACAUGGUGUGACAAUUAUAAAAUUUUAUUCACCUGCAUGUCCACAUUGUCAAAAUUUUGCACCUGUAUGGGAUCAAUUAACAUCAACAUAUGCAACUAAAUCUAAAGUUAAAUUUUCAGAUGUUGAUUGCACAAAAGGCGAAUUAUGUGAACAACAAGGGGUCGAUGGAUUUCCAACGUUACACGUAUAUAAAAAAGGUAAAAAAAUAGAUGAAUAUACAGAAGGUUGGUCUUACGGCAAAGUCCAUUCAUUUGUUAAACAAUAUUUAGAUUAAAUAUUGAAUUUUUGUCUUUUACAUUUUAUUAAUAAA